AUGGCGUACAUCCUCUUCAGUCUCUCUUUGUUCUUCAUCGUCACGGCGACGGCUCUCUUCUUCACCCGCGCGUACUGGCGCCAUCACAUCCCCGAAAUCCGCCUGCCCGGCGCAGGAUACAUAUACUCGCGGCUGCCCAGCAGCUUCGCCGGCGACAUCGAGGCCGGCCUCUCCAGCAGCAACUUUGACCUGGUCGGCAAUGUGGAGGCGGGCGACAGUCGUGCCGGCUUGGACGACGCGAGCAAGGCCGAGGUCCUCAAGAUCAUGAAGAAGAGGCGCAUGACAUUUGACCAGGCGCGCAAGGCUUACAUGGAGAGCCGCUUCAAGCAAAACGGCAUCGGCCCUGAUGGGCGCCCGCGGGAUCCCAAGUUUGUCAGCUUCUCCUGA